ACAGUAGAUUUUCAACGUCUUUGAACGGGCGUAUUGGGUGACGACGUCGACGCUGACGUCGUGAUUAAGUUCAGAGCUGGAGUUGCGGUUUCACAAUCCAGAAUUUUGCAAAUACGCGAAUCAGUUUGUCGGAGAAACAGGGUAAACGAACGCGAAUAUGCGAAGGUAUCGUUGAUUCGAAAACAAAAAUAACGACACGUGCGAAUAUCAAUAAACGCGCUGAUAAAGUGUCAUCGAACAACACGCGUCAACGAGGAUACUGUUCGUUCGCGCGCACAGUAUUAUAAUAUACACGGGGAGGAACGUGCGUAACGCGACGGCGAGACAUCCCUCUCUUUCGGAGGAGGCACAUAUAAGGGCUCGAACGCGAGCAGUAGUCAGCUAGCCAGCCAGUCAUCUAGCGAGCAAACGGCAGGCAGGUGGAAGUUGUCGCGAACACAAGCUUCGAGCAGCGAGAAGUACUACGGCAACCACGACAACGGCGGCGACGAGCCCGAAACGUAGGAAAAUGCCGGAGACUGCACACCACAUGAACGGCUACGCGAAUGGUCACACGCCGCCCGAGCUGCAACAGGGCACCACUUUCCUGUUCACCUCGGAAUCGGUCGGCGAGGGACAUCCAGAUAAAAUGUGCGAUCAAAUAAGUGACGCUAUCCUGGAUGCACAUUUAAAACAAGAUCCUGAUGCUAAGGUGGCAUGUGAAACUGUAACAAAAACUGGAAUGAUACUACUGUGCGGGGAGAUUACAUCAAAAGCUGUAGUAGACUAUCAGAAGAUUGUUCGGGACACAGUGAAUCAUAUCGGCUAUGAUGACUCUUCGAAAGGAUUCGAUUGGCGUACGUUGAACCUUUUGGUGGCGAUCGAACAACAAUCCCCAAAUAUCGCUGAUGGUGUUCAUGUGGACAGGGAAGAGAAGGACGUGGGUGCAGGUGAUCAGGGUUUAAUGUUUGGGUAUGCCACCGACGAGACCGACGAAUGUAUGCCAUUGACGGUUGUACUUGCACACAAAUUGAAUCAAAAGAUCGCUGAAUUAAGACGAAGUGGAGAACUAUGGUGGGCUCGUCCAGAUUCGAAAACACAGGUAACUUGUGAGUACAUUAUGGACCAUGGAGCUUGCGUGCCCAUAAGAGUUCACACUGUUGUAGUAUCAUUACAACACAGCGAAAAGAUCGGUCUAGAUGAGUUACGCAAGGCAGUCAUGGAAAAGGUUAUUAAAGAAGUGAUACCAGCGAGAUACUUGGAUGACAGGACGAUCUUUCACGUGAAUCCUUGCGGACUUUUUAUUAUCGGUGGACCACAGAGCGACGCUGGCCUCACGGGACGGAAGAUCAUCGUAGAUACGUACGGUGGUUGGGGAGCGCACGGUGGUGGUGCAUUCUCCGGUAAAGACUUCACAAAGGUGGACAGAUCGGCUGCAUAUGCUGCAAGAUGGGUUGCCAAGUCUCUGGUGAAAGCCGGCCUGUGCAGGCGCUGUCUUGUACAAGUUUCCUAUGCUAUUGGAGUGGCGGAACCUUUAUCAAUCACAGUCUUUGAUUACGGCACAUCUACGCGCUCUCAGAACGAGCUCUUAGAUAUAGUGAACAAAAAUUUUGAUUUACGACCCGGAAAGAUCGUCAAGGAGCUGAAUCUUCGCAAUCCUAUUUAUCAACAAACCAGCACGUACGGUCAUUUUGGACGAGAUGGUUUCACAUGGGAACAACCAAAGAAGCUGAUCCUCGAUUGAUGAGAGAGCGUUUUUUAAGUUAGUCUCGGCGUUUCGCGACUCAAAUAUUUGACAUAAAACGUCUUUCUCCUCCUUCCUUCCCCCCCUCUCUCUCUCUCUCUAAUGUUCUAUCUAUUUCUUACAGUAACCGUGUUAUCUCGUAAAAUAUCCGAGAUUCUUCGAUCUCCGUAAUGCCGCAACCACUGAAUCCAUCAGUUCCUUAUGCCAAUUUUAGCAGUAGUGAGGAGAGCGAAUGCCCUGUACUUCUCUCCUCUCGUGCCAUGGAAUACCGGAUAUUACAAGUGACGACAGGCA